AUGAAGUAAAUUGGUCAUUAUACAUACGAUGAAAUAAAUUGUCUCGGAUAAGGAGCGUAUGGUAAAGUGUAUGAAGGAUUAAACACUCUCAAUAAUGAAACAGUUGCCAUCAAGAAAUUAGACUUGAUCCUUUUCGAAAAGGAUAAGUACUUACGAAAACAAAUAGGUAAAUUAUCUAUUGAAAAUCAUCAAAGUGUAGGAAAUAGAAAUCAUGAGUAAACUGAAUCACAAGAAUAUAGUGAAAUUUGUUGAACUCUUGGCUACUAAGAAAUCCUUGUUCAUUGUGACCGAAAUGUGUCGUAGUGGAGAUCUUAAAUCAUUGAUUGCUAGCAAGAAUAUUAGUGAAUAAUAAGUAUACUCUUUAAUAUAUGGUCUAGGCUAUUGAUAUUAUGCUAUAAAUAUUAGAAGGUUUUAAAGAAUUAAUUAAGAGUGGAGUUAUUCAUCGAGAUAUGAAACCAGCCAAUGUUCUAAAUGAUAUGGGUACUGUCAAAAUUGCAGAUUUUGGAUUUGCUAAAUACGUUGAGAAUUAUUCUUCACAAUUACUUAAAUCUUGUGUUGGAAGUCCCCUUUAUAUGGCACCAUAAGUCUUAGAGAGACAUCAUUAUAGUACUAAAUGUGAUAUUUGGUCAAUCGGAGUUAUUUUUUAUGAAAUGUUGCACUUUGAUGUACCAUGGAAGGGCAGGGAUGAAGAAGACCUCUUACAUAACAUCAAAACUUAACCCUUAUAAUUUAAAAAUGAUCUAAGCACUUUUUCAAAAGAAUUUCUAACAAUCGUAAAUAUAUCGAUUAAUUGUAGACUCUUGUUAUUGAAGAGGAGAAUCGAGCUUCAUGGAAUCAACUUUUUGAUCUUUCAAAUACUUCUGUAUUACAAAAAUCAGUUUCUGCUGAAGAUAUCAAUGAGGAGAGUAUAUAAAAAUUACCUACUUGGGUUUAAAGACCUAGUUUUUAAUAAAGAUAAGAUAAAAAAGUAGAAGAAUAAAGGUAUUAAUAAAUAGAGGAAUUAUAAUAAUUAAGAAAAUAAUUAGCUUAUUAACAUUUUAUAAUGGCAGAAUGCUAUAAUGAAUAAAUUAAUAAUGAAAAAAAUGGAGAAUUACAAUAAGAGAGUAUUAAAUAAUUGAUAAAUUAUUUGAAUGAUAAUAUUGUAAAAUAAUCACAAGAUUUAAUCUAAGUAAUUUAAAUGAAUACAAUAGACUAGUCUUGAUUUAUAUUCAAAAUUUUCAUAAAAAAAUUAACUUUGGAAAAUGCAAGAAUAAUUAAAUUUGGAACAUAAUUAUUAUGUAUAAAUGUAGAUUGAUGCUAAAAAAUUGUUUGAUACAAAUUAAUUGUAAGGUAAACCUGAUGAUAGAUUAAUAAAUGAAGCAAGGAAUUAAUUAUAGAAAUGCAAAAAUUCAAAUGUAAAUAAUUCUUUAUUGAUAACUUAGAUAGGCUGCUUCAAUAUUGUUAGAUUUGAUAAAUAAUUAAAAUUGGAAAAUAUGAUUCUUAUUUAAAUUAUAGAAAAUCAAAAUUGCCAAAUUUAUCCUACUGUUUAAUUUUAAUUCUUUUUUAUAUAUAGAUAUAAUUGUUAUCAUAAUUAAUUCUUCAUUUUUUAAUUAUUUUUUCAUCUGAUAAACUUAAUAAAAAUAGAUUCUAAAAUAAUAAGAUAUUAAAUAUCAAUUAAAAUAUAAAUGGCAUCAGCAAAUUAAUAAUUUUCUUUUUUUUAAGACUAUGCCCUUAAGAAAAUACAAUUUGUUGUGGAUAAUAUAAGAUAUGAGUAUGAUAAUCAUAGAAUGUUAUGGUCUACAGAUGUUAUUGAAGAAGAUGAUAAUCCAGAUGAAGAGAUUAAUAAAGAAUAACUUAAAAAGAGAGGAUUAAAAUAAAUAGAAUUGAGAGAAUAAGUAAGAUAGAAUGAACACACUAUUUCUAAAUUAGCAUCAGAGAUUCAAUUACUUAAUGAUAAUAUAAAUAAAUAUUAAGAAAAAUUAUAACAAAGUCAAGCAGAAUAGAAUUAAUUAAUAGAUGAGUAUGUUCAUGAACAUUUAGAAACUGAGAAGAUUAAGGCUGCCAGAGAGAGAUUAGAUAAACUGAAACGUGAAUUAGGAUUAUGA